AUGCCCCCUCGAAAACGCAAGGCCUCGUCCACUGCCAAAGCUGGAGCCGGCUCGGCCAAGAAAGUUCGCAUUGCCACCGUCGCCUCUGAUCUCCCCAGCACAUCUCCCGCCCUGUCUCCUUCUGGUCGGCCCAAAAGAACCUCAGUCGGGGAACCCAAAUACGACUUCACCCGGCGCCGCGGCACCGGCGGGAAGGUUGGUCGCCCGUCCCGCGCCGACAUAGCCGCGGCGCGCGCAGCUCAGGCCCAAACCCAACCCCCGAUCCCGGCAUCUCAUCCAAAGAGAGUUGGUAGACCGAAACGCUCUGGAACCGCUUCUCCUGCGAGUCAUGCCUCGACCCCCAAACCCGUUGCGAACCAGACGCCCAAGAAACGUGGAAGACCGCCCAAGGCCAAGCCCGACCCCAACGAUGUGCUGGCCAACGGAUCCGACUCUUCUACCGUUAAUGUGACCGCCAACGCCCGACCAAAGACAGUCGAUCUGGAGAACGUCGACCCCGACAUCCAGUACUGGCUGAUGAAGGCCGAACCGGAGUCUCGCUUCGAGAAAGGCCACGAUGUCAAAUUCUCCAUUGAUGAUCUGAUGGCGAGAACCGAACCUGAGCCGUGGGAUGGGGUCCGUAACCCAGUCGCACGCAAUAACAUGCGAGCUAUGCGAAAGGGCGACCUAGCUUUCUUCUACCAUUCGAAUUGUGCAAACCCAGGCAUUGUAGGAGUCAUGCGUAUAGUCGCUGAACACACCGUCGAUGAAUCCGCCUUCGAUCCCGACCAUCCUUACUACGAUCCCAAGUCUGACCGCUCCAAACCCAAGUGGGAAGUGGUGCACGUGGAAUUUGUUAAGAAAUUCGACCAGAUAAUCACCCUCAAGCGGUUGAAGUCCUUCUCCUUGCCUAGUGGGCGGUUGGAGAACAUGCAGACGCUGAGACAGAGUCGACUCAGUGUUUCUUCCGUCACCCCUGCUGAAUGGGAGUUCAUCCUAGAAUUGGCUGGGGAGCCAUUGUCGCUUGGUCACGGCGCAGGCAAAGACGGCUACGAGUCGGACGUUGAUGGGGAAGGCGAUGAGACAGCUGCCGACGCAGAUGUAGAUGUGGGUGCCGACACCGAUGCAGUCAAAGAAUUUUCUGGCAAAGACGACGACGACGACGUUGGAGUUGAAAAUGGGGUCGAGCUCUAG